UUACAAUCACACAACUGUCUGUUACUGGCGUAGAUAAGCCGGGAAACACAAAAACAGAAAGUCAGAAGAAGAUUUGUGAGAGUGAGAGACGAAAAUGGUCCGUACAAUUACAUCUUCGUCUUCUCAUCUCCUCUUCUCCGCCUCUCUUUGUUCCAAUUCCCGUCUCUGUCCUCUCCAUCUCCGCCGCUACCAACCGCGCACCAGCGCCAGAUCCGGCGCCGCGCGACUCCGAGCAGUGAGCUCGGCGGAGACUCAGACGGCGAAGUCCAAAAUCAGAGGAAAGGAAAAGGAGAAGGAGCAGUAUUUCCAAGUCCAAAACCUAACGACAUGGCUGUUGAGGCAAGAGCAAAGCGGACAAAUCGACGCGGAGCUCACGAUCGUCCUCUCCAGCAUCUCCCUGGCCUGCAAGCAGAUCGCCUCGCUGCUUCAGAGAUCGAGCAUUACUAAUCUCACCGGCGCUCACGGCACCAUUAAUGUCCAAGGCGAAGAUCAGAAGAAGCUUGACGUUAUCUCCAACGAGUUGUUCUGCAGCUGCCUGAGGUCCAGUGGUCGGACAGGGAUAAUAGCAUCGGAGGAGGAAGAUAUACCUGUUGCAGUGGAAGAGACUUACUCAGGAAACUACAUCGUGGUGUUUGAUCCAAUUGAUGGCUCUGCCAACAUCGACACCGCCUUAACUACAGGCUCCAUCUUUGGCAUAUAUGGCCCAGAUAAGCAAUGCCUCGUCGACCUUGAUGAUGACACAAUGCUAGAUCAAGCAGCAGAGAGGUGUGUCGUCAGCGUUUGCCAGCCAGGUAGCAACUUGUUGGCUGCUGGCUAUUGCCUGUAUUCAAGCGCAAUAGUAUUCACUCUGUCUAUAGGGAAGGGGGUGUUUGCAUUCACCUUGGACCCCACUUAUGGGGAAUUUGUUUUGACACAUGAAAACAUUCAGAUACCCAAAACGGGUAAAAUUUAUUCAUUCAAUGAAGGAAAUUAUGACCUAUGGGAUGACAAACUGAAGAACUACCUUGACCAUCUGAGGCAGCCAGGUGCAGAUGGAAAGCCGUAUUCUGGCCGUUAUAUAGGCUGCCUAGUUGGUGAAAUCCACAGAACGUUGCUAAGAGGCGGUAUCUAUGGAAAUCCCAACAACAAGAAGAGCAAAAAUGGGAAUCUAAGGCUAUUGUAUGAGUGUGCACCAAUGAGCUAUUUAGUCGAGCAAGCUGGUGGAAAGGCAACAGACGGUCGCCAGGGAAUACUUGAGAUUACUCCAACAGAGGUCCACCAGCGCACACCAAUUUUUAUUGGAAGCCCAGAGGAAGUAGACAAAUUACAGAAGUACUUGGCCUAAGAAAAAUUUCUAAUUCAGUUCUGGUUUUCAUGCAACUACGUUUGAUCAUUUUGCUUCAUUUUUUCACUCAAGAAUUCUUUCAAGGAAUUAUGCUUUUGCAUUCAAUUGUAACAUAUAAACUCUCAUAUUCCAAAGCUCAAGAGAUACCAUGCCCAGUUAAGCAAUAUAAGCCGUGUAAUUGUAGAGAAUGGAGUGGCAUAAAAUACAACAUUUACAGCGGUCA